GACUACAUUUCCCAUGAGGCGCCGGCGCCGCCACCGGAAGCGCGGUGCCGCCGCAAGGGGUCGUGGGAAGGAGGCCUCUUCCUUUCCGGUGCUGGGCGCCAUCAGCAGGUAGACCAACAUGGGUGCCUACAAGUACAUCCAGGAGCUAUGGAGGAAAAAGCAGUCGGAUGUGAUGCGGUUCCUCCUCCGCGUCCGCUGUUGGCAGUAUCGCCAGCUGUCUGCCUUGCACCGAGCUCCCCGGCCCACCAGACCAGACAAAGCUCGCAGGCUGGGGUACAAGGCCAAGCAAGGUUACGUUAUCUACCGUGUCCGUGUUCGCCGUGGUGGUCGUAAACGCCCAGUCCCGAAAGGUGCAACCUAUGGUAAACCUGUGCAUCAUGGUGUUAACCAGCUGAAGUUUGCCCGGAGUCUUCAGUCUGUAGCAGAGGAACGUGCUGGCCGUCACUGUGGGGCUCUGAGAGUCUUGAACUCGUAUUGGGUGGGUGAAGAUUCCACUUACAAGUUUUUUGAAGUGAUCCUGAUCGAUCCCUUCCAUAAGACCAUCAGGCGCAACCCUGAUACCCAAUGGAUCACCAAGCCUGUUCACAAGCACAGAGAGAUGCGCGGGCUGACAUCGGCCGGGCGGAAGAGUCGUGGUCUUGGCAAGGGCCACAAAUUCCACCACACCAUUGGUGGCUCACGUCGUGCUGCCUGGAGAAGACGCAAUACCCUGCAGCUGCACCGUUACCGUUAAUUCUUGUAAAUGUAACGAUCUAAUAAAGCUGAUGCGGGUUGUUGAAUUUAACAA